GAACAUGGCGUGCUGAACAACAUGUGAGUUUGGAGAUCUACAAGCCGGAGAUUUAAAAACAUCUGAAAUAACAGCAAACAUGGCAUCAGUGGAAGAGGACUUCCCUCGAGGAGGGACAACCAACAAGAAGCCCACUGAGAGUAAAAUAGUGACUCUACGGACUGAAGUGGACAACCUGUUCCAGCCAAGUGAACAACCUGAAGCUAAGAAAAGGAAGGGAGCGUCCAAAGAUGACAGCAAGAAAUUCAAGAAGCCAAAGACCGUUAAAGAGAAAGGAGAUGGUCUGACCCUCAACACUGCAGCCAAGUGUGUGGAAAUUCUACAUGCUAAGAAUGUGAAGGAGGGCAUGCUCCUGCUGGGCUGUGUGAAGGAGGUAGCAGACUUUGAGGUGACAGUCAGUUUGCCUUGUGGCCUGCACGGCUUCCUCAGCAUCAAGAACAUCUGUGACUCGUACACCAAGCUGCUCAGCCAACAGCUGGAUUCGGUCGACACAGAGGAGAUUUACUCUCUGCCACACUUCUUCUAUCCUGGCAUGGUGUUCAGGUGUGUGGUUGCCAAGUUGGAUGAAGCAAAGGGAGGCUCUAUUAGCAUCCAGCUGUCGGUCAACCCAAAGCUGGUCAACAAGGCUCUCACUUCAAGCUCUCUGAAAGCUGGCAUGGUCUUGACUGGAUGUGUGGAGAGUGUAGAGGAUCAUGGCUACAUCACUGACAUUGGCGUAAGCGGAACUAAAGCCUUCCUGCCCAAGAAAGCAGUGACAGAUAAACAAAGCAAACCUGAAGAACUGAAAGUGGGCCAGUAUGUGACUUGUCAAUUAGAAGAAGUGAAGAAUGAUGGACGCAUGGUCCGGCUUUCUUUCUGUCCCCCGACCAUCGCCCAGCCCUGUGCUGAACCCCAGCAGGGCUGGAACCUUACUAACCUCCUGCCUGGUCUUCAAGUCAAAGCUACAAUCAAAAAGGUCACCAAACACGGUCUGCUCCUAGACUUCCUGUCCUCGUUUAGUGGCCAGGUGGACUUCCUCCACAUGGAUCCAGAACAGGCAUCCAGCUACACUGAGGGAGGCGAGGUGCGAGCCUGCUUAUUGUAUGUGGAGCCAUCCACCCGUCUGGUGGGUCUGAGCCUGCGCAGCUACCUCGUUCAGCCCGGCAGCAGAGUUGAACCCUCCCCUGCUUGCGGCGAACGUAUCGGUGAGGUGGUGAAAGGCUGCAAGUUGACCUCUAUGCACCACAUGUCUGGAGCCAUGUUGGAACUGCCUGACAAAACACGGGCCUUCGUUCACAGGAACCACCUGAAGGAGUCUAACGAGCCAGUUAAUGACAACAAAGUGCAGGCCAUACCUGAGCACACCUGCAGGAUCUUGGACUUCAGCCCCAUUGACCAAGUUCAUUUUGUUAGUCUGCGCAAGAGCGUGAUAAACAAGCCUUUCUUUAGAUACCACGAUCUUCAGCCUGGUCAGAUUGUAGAGGGUACAGUGGCAGUUCUGCUGACUCAGGGGAUGGUGGUGCAUUUGUCCGGCCACAUUAAAGGCCUGGUGCCCCGGACCCACCUGUCCGACAUCGUCCUAAAGAACCCUGAGAAGAAGUACAUGGAGGGCAUGAAGGUCAAAUGUCGGGUGCUGUCUGUAGAUCCUGAGAACAAGAAGCUGUACCUGACCAGAAAGAAAGCCCUGAUCGAAAGCUCCCUGCCGUUGUUCCUCAGCUACGACGACGCCCGUCCCGGCCGCGUUUCCCACGGCUACAUCGUCUGCGUCAAACACUUUGGCUGCAUCGUCCGUUUCUACAACAGCGUCAAGGGCCUGGUGCCACUCGGCGAGCUCAGCUCUGAGCCAAUCGCCAAUCCUGAGGAUGUCUUCUACGUCGGUCAGGUCUUAAAGGCCAAAGUAAUUCAUUGCGACACAGAGAAGGCAAAGAUGGUGCUGACGUUUAGGGAUGCAGUGGCAAAAGACACUGAGAAAAUUCCCAAGCCCCAGAUUGACUGUGAGGUGGGAAAGAAGCUGGAGGCCAAAGUGCUGAAAAAGGUACUUAACGGUCUGGAGGUGGCGAUCCUCCCCGAAGAGAUCCGUGCAACACUACCUACCAUGCACCUCUCGGAUCACAUGUCUAACUGCACUAUGCUGUGGGAGAGCCUGCAUGAGGGAGACACCAUCUCUGAUCUAGUCUGCUUCAACAAGAACAAAACGAGGAUUACUCUCACCAAGAAACCAACAGUGAGAUGGUCACUGGAGGAAGGAGUGGUGGCCAAGGAGUUCUCAGAGAUCACAGUUGGAAUGCAGCUGAUCGGCUGGAUCAAGAACAUCAUGUCCUAUGGCGUUUUUGUAGAGUUCCCAUACGGCCUUGUUGGUCUCGCACCCAAGUCGGCCAUGACGGACAAGUUCCUCAGUGACACAACAAUCGCCUUCCAAAUGGGCCAGACAGUCAUUGCUAAGGUGACCAACCUUGAUGAGGAGAAGAAGAGAUUCCUGGUCACACUGAAGAUGUCUGAGGUCAUAAGCCCAGGGGGGGACGCCCAGACCAGACUCAUUAGAGGCCUGCAGGAGAGAAGAGCUGUGACUGAAAUGUUGGCUACGAGAGAUAACAGCGAGCUCCUCGAGCAGCUGGCUGCUCUGUCUAUCGGCCAGAAGCUGAAGCUGACUGUGGACACUGUGAAGAAGAGUGGUGCUGUUUUUAAGUCCGAUGACUUGAUUGGUGCCACUAUAAUGGCCACCAAGCACCAUGUCAUGGGUGUUAGCUUGACCUCAGGACAGAAAGUGACUGCAGUUGUCCUUCUUGUUGACAUCCUGUCCACUUCUGUCCACGUCUCCAUCCUUUCCAAACUGGUGGGAAAAAAGAAAUCUUUAAAUGAAGAGUCAAAGUACACAGCGAUACUGCAGCACAUCGACAGAGACUUUGCCACCAUCUCACUAGAUGACACGGCUCAGCUGACCAUGAUCGAGACAAGGAGCCACCUGAACGAGACAUUCCUGUCUGAGUCAGAGAAGCUGAGGGCGGGGAUGUAUUUGGCCGUGGAGGUCAUAGAACCCAGCUGCGAGGAACUGCAGGGGCUCCCCCUCGUGUCCUGGAAGCGCACCGCACCAAAACGACAGCGCACAAUCUCAGAAAACCAGAGCAGCUCCAAGGGUCACUGCUUUGGCGACAUCCUGCAGGCUAAAGUGCGGUCAGUGAAGCCUACCUGCAUUCAAGUCAUGCUAGAAGACGGAAGCAUCGGCAGCGUGCACGUGUCUGAGGUGGUGGAGGCUAAGGAGGUGCGUCAGGGAUCCUUCCCCACAUCUUCGGUUAAAGUGGGUAGCGUGGUCACGGCCAGGGUCAUCGGAGGGCGAGAGGCCACCAGUCACAGAUUCUUGCCCUUCUCCCAUCCUAAGUUUACAUACACCAUUCCUGAGCUCACACUUAUACCCAGCAAACUGAACCAGGAUGCAGAUUUCAAAGCAGUUACAGCAAAAGAAAAGCUGAGCAGCUAUAAGGUCGGCGAGGACAUUACAUGCUUUGUAUCAAAGUUUAAUCCAGAGAGGAAGUGUUUGGAGGUCACCACUGAUCCAUGUGUUACUGCAACAGUUGAACUUCUGGCCAUGAUCACUGACCCUAAAGAUGCCAGCCACCCGGAGAAACUGUACAAGCUUGGCCAAGUUGUCCACGCCAAAGUGGUGGAAGUGAGCUCCAAACCUCAGCGCCUUGCACUGUCAGUCACAGGUUCCCAUAAACUGGAGAAAGACAGUGUGACUUUGGGGAUGGUGACGAGCAUACAGCCACAAGUCGGCCUCCUGGUCAAGCUUCCCUUUGGUGGCAUGGGGGCUGUUGCCGUCACUGACCUGGCUGAUGCUUACAGGCCAAAUCCGUUGGAGAUGUACAGCAAGGAUCAGCUGCUCAGGUGUUACCUUCUGGGAAAUGAAAAUGGAAAGUGGCAGUUGUCCCUACGUCCAUCAAGGCUGAACCCGCAGGCCAAGGCAGUGAAAGACGCAGAAGUUUCAUCUGUACAAGAACUGAAGACAGGCCAGAUCAUCAGAGGCUACGUCAAGUCUGUAGGAGAGCGAGGAGUGUUCAUCAAGUUGUCGACGAGCAUCACAGGGAGAGCCGAGCUUCAGCAGUCCUCCAAGUAUUUUGUUGCCAACCACAAGGUCCUUUCUGAGCACCUGCUUCCAAACACCCUGCUCACCACAAAGAUCCUAAGUAUUGACAAAAAGGAGGAGUUUGUCAACCUCUCCCUUCUCCCCGCGGACACCGGGAAGCCAGACGUCCUCCCAGAGUCUCUGGGUCUGCCGCUGCGUCUGAUCGGAGAGGAGAAGAAGAAACACGACGCCACAAAGAAAAAGAAGCGCACUCUGUCCGAGAGUGAGGAGAAACAAGAAGAAUCCCAGGUCCCGAAGAAAAAGAAGAAGAAGAAAACAAAGACUGAGGACAAUGACAGUGGAGUGGAGGUGUACUUUAGGGAAGAGGAGGAUAAAGAGGAUGAAGAAGAGCCCAAACCCAAGUCUACAAAACAGGUGACGCCCAGCUCAGCAGGUCCAUCCAGACUGCAGGUGGCAGCAGGUUUCUCCUGGGACAUGGGACUGAACUCCCUGAAGCCUGCCUCUGCAGAUAAAGAUCCAGACUCCAGCGACGGAGAAGACCAAGAGGGAGGUAGCAAGGCCCAGAAAAAGUCUCGGCACGAGCUGGAGCAGGAGAAAAAGGCAGCAGAGAAGGCCCUGUUGCAGCGGGAGACCGAGCUGAUGGACCCCAACCUGAGGCCCCAGGACACUGUUGCCUUCGAGCGCCUGCUCCUCGCCUCGCCCAACAGCUCGCUCCUUUGGCUCCAGUACAUGGCUCACCAUCUGCAGGCCACCCAGAUCGAGCAGGCCCGAGCUGUGGCCGAGAGGGCGCUUAAAACUAUUUCCUUCAGAGAGGAGCAGGAGAAGCUGAAUGUGUGGGUGGCCCUGCUCAACCUGGAGAACAUGUACGGCACAGAGGAGAGUCUCAAGAAAGUGUUUGAGCGGGCACUGCAGUUCUGUGAGCCCAUGCCCGUCUACCAGCAGCUGGCUGACAUCUACGCAAAGUCUGACAAGACUAAGGAGGCAGAGGGCCUGUAUAAGACGAUGGUGAAGCGUUUCCGUCAGAAUAAGGCGGUGUGGCUGAGCUAUGGCACCUUCCUGCUCCAGCAGGGUGAGAGCGACGCUGCUAGUGCUCUCCUGCAGAGGGCGCUGAAGAGUCUGCCCUCCAAAGAAAGUGUGGAUGUGAUUGCAAAGUUCGCACAGCUGGAGUUCCGUUACGGCAAUGCAGAGAAAGGUCGCACCAUGUUUGACAAAGUCCUGACAAGCUACCCGAAACGCACAGACCUCUGGUCCGUCUUCAUUGACCUCAUGGUCAAACACGGGGCACAGAAGGACGUCAGGGCGCUGUUUGAUCGUGUGAUCCACCUCAGUGUUUCUGUGAAGAAGAUCAAGUUCUUCUUCAAGCGCUAUCUGGAGUAUGAGAAGAAGCAUGGCACCCCACAGAGCAUCCAGGCAGUCAAAGAGAAGGCCAUGGAGUUUGUGGAAGCCAAAGGCACAGAGGCUGCCAAUUAAAGACCAAAUACACACAACUGUACACAUCUUCUGUAUGUGCGUGGACUCCUGUGUGUCAUGGCUGCAGAUGCUCAUACAGAUUCCUGCUCAAAAUGAUCCACUCUUUAUCAUCAACUGGAGGCUUUUGAACUUUUUGAACAAAUCUCUGUGAAGAGGAUUGUAAUCACCCAUAAAUGUUUAAACAUAUUGAACAUUUCAUCUACUUGCAUUUUUAAUCAAUUUUGUAUGUGAAUGAUUCUGAGCUAUGGGAGUAGUAAAUGUUUAGAUUAUUGCAUUUUUUUGAAUGGAUUUAUAAAAGGAUGCAUAACAUAUUUGUGGGAGUAUUUGUACUACAUUGACCAAUAAAUCCACAACGC